AUGACGACGGCCAACGAGGGCGAACCGGUGCACACACCAGUGUUUGAACCAUUCGAGCAGCAACCAUGGAGCCAAUUUAGCAAAUCGCACAAGUUUUCUGCUGCCGGCCGACCAUCGCCGCGUAAGGGCUCUGCAGUGAUAUUCUCGACGCUGAUUCGAGACCAAUUCACGAUCAGCACGUGGCUGUUGAUGGGCGCGAGCGUGCAGUGCGUGCUCGUAAGCCUUCUUGGCGCGAGGUUCUGGAUCGUCGGGCUGCCGGUGCUGGUGUUGGGCUUGCGACUGAUCAAGACGCUCUUGCAAGCUGAGGGAGUGCUCAGGAAUCCGUACAUGGAAGGUGUGAUCCCUGGACGCACCACAUGCCACUUCCCGAACAAGGAUGGGUCGUACACCGGCUCGCCGUCGAACCAGUCGAUGGCGGUUUUGCUCAUCUCUGUGCGUAGCAACCGUCCGAUGGGCGUGCUGGCACCGGGCAUGAAGGAGCUCGGCGACUUUUUCAAUGGAUGCGUCGAAUGGCUCGAAGAGGACGCGCAUGCUCGCGGCUUCCUGGGCAUGACCUCGUGGCUGAACUGUGCCGACCGCACCGCCAGCAACGAGCUGCUCAACAUUGGCUACUUCCGAUCGGUGGAAGACAUCCAUGCGCUGGCACACCAUGCGAUCCAUCGAAUCGGUUGGAAGUGGUGGAACGAGUCCAAGAGCAAGCUGGACCACCUUUGCAUCACGCACGAGAUCUUUGCUGUGGAUGCUGGCAGCUGGGAGAAUGUGUUUGUGAAUUCGCAACCAACGCAUCUGGGCACCACCGUGGUCAAGGGCGAAGAUGGGCGAUGGCGAUCGCCUCUCAUCUUCACUUCGUCGGUGCAUCGAUCGUCGGCGAACCGCAUGCGACGCAAACAGACGCAGGCGGAACAGCAGCGUCAGCAGGAGAGCGGUGCUAUUACGGGCGAGGCUUACUGA